AUGGAGGGCGCGGCCUCGGCGGAGAAGAGGUCGGUGGAAGACUUUCGGGUGAGGGUCCACGGCGGGCCGCAUCCGCUCCGCGCGGGGUCCGAGGGGGGCGCGACGACGUUCGGGAGGGACGACGACGCGGGUUGGGCGCCCCGACCGCCCGACGAUGCGAACGCCUCCAGAAGGAUCGUGGCGCACUUCGACGUGGACGCGUUCUACAGCCAGGUUGAGGAGCUCCGCGACCCUCGACUCCGGGGACGACCCAUGGCGGUGACGCAAAAGUUCCUCAUCGUCACCGCCAACUACGCCGCCAGGAGCGCGGGGUUGAAGAAGUUGAUGAGCACGACAAAGGCGAAGGCGCUGUGCCCGGAGGUGGCGCUCGUCAGCGGCGAGGACCUGACGCCGUACCGCGCGUGCGCCAAGAAGGUCCGCGCCGCGCUCGAAAGGUUCGGCACCUGCGAGAAGCUCGGCCUGGACGAGUGCUGGGUGGACCUGACCGCCGAGGUCGAUCGGAGGAUCGCCGCGGGCGGACCUGCGUCGGACCCGCCCCUCGUCGGUCACCGACACUCCUCCGAGCACGUCGUGGAGUCUGACAACGCGCACAGGCCCAUGGACAUACGCGCGGUGGAUCCGGAACGAACGAACGCCAGUGACGGCGUCCAUCACCCCGUCCCCCCCAGGUGCGAGGAUGGAGCGGACCCGGAUGCGAACCCGGAUGUGUCGGACCCGGCGCGGGAGCGGCGGCUCAGGGUCGGCGCGGCGAUCGCCGCGGAGGCCAGGGACGCGGUGCGGAGCGCGACCGGCCUUCGAAUGUCCGCCGGCAUCGCGCACAACAAGAUGCUCGCCAAGCUGGUGUCGGGUCUGCACAAGCCGGACGAUCAGACGACGCUGCCCGCCGGUGUCGCCGCCAAGCUGGUGUCGCCGCUUCCCGUCAGGGCCCUGCCGGGCGUCGGGCACGGCGCGGAGAGGACGCUCGUGCACCGCGGCGUUCGCACCGCGGCGGACCUUCGACGCGUCACCAGGUCCGAAGUGUGCGAGUGGCUCGGUCCACGCGUCGGGCGCAAGGUUCACGACGCGGCGUGGGGCGUGGACAGGGAGGAGGUGGCGCCGAAACCCGCGCCAAACUUUGUGACGUGCGAGGACUCGUUUCGCUCGUGCACGACGUGGAGCUCGGUGGACGCGGUGCUCGCGGUCAUCGCGCCGGACCUGUUGGCGCGAAUGGACGAGGAGUACGAGGACGAGGUGGAGCGGACGGUGGGCGCCGGGGCGCUGAUCCCGGCGGGUCGCGCGGCGCGGACGCUGACGGUGAAGUGGAGGGACGUCGGGCCGGGCGGGAAAGGGACGGGGUGGUCGCGGUCGUCCGCCUCGACGACGAUGCCGACGCUCGCCAACGACCGCUCCAUCGACGCAAAGAGGCGAGCGGACGCGCUGCGGGAGGCGGCGACGCGCGUGCUCCGCUCCGAGCUGACGCGCGGCUUCGACCUCAGGGCGCUCAACGUCGGCGCCGGUAACUUUGAACCGAAGGCGGUAACUUUGAACAAGCGACCCGGAGUUGAAGCGGGUUGUGUUAGCGGUUCAAGCGGGAUUGACGUCGGUACCGGACGGGCGGCCCCUCACGGGAGCGCGUUCGCGGCUAUGAACGCCAGGAGGGACUACGAUCGAGGCGGGGGUCGGAUGAGUAAGACGGAGGAACGCGCGUUGAGCGAGAGGGAGCGAGGGUUGGGCGGCGGCGUUUUUGGCGGGGGGUUGAACGGCGGCGGCGGCGGCGAGUCAUCCGACGUCUUCGCCGAGCCGCUUCGCGAUCAGGACGAGGACGAGGAGGAUGGAGACUCGUUCUACGCGGACCUCGCGGACGUUCAGCGGUCGAGCGCGAUGCCGUCGAUCGGUAGGGUUCAGAGUUUGGUCCCUCGCAAGCGCGGGGCGGAGCAGGCCAGUCUGCUGUCGUUCUUCAAGGGGCCUUCGAAGAGGUAG